GCCUUCCCGGCAUGCCGUGCGGCCUGCUUCCCUCAGCCUGACUGGAGCCAGACGCAGGCGGGGCCUAGUCCGCGGCCGUCGCCCCGACCCUCCCUUUCCUUUCCUUCCCUUCCUUCCGCGUGAGGAAGAGGCAGGAGCAGCGGCAGAAGGAGGAAGAGGAGGAGAGGCCUACCUGCCUACCGCCCAGCCCCACGACCCCCGGCCGGCCAUGCCGUCUCGGGCAAGGGAAUGAGCCGCAGAGCCCCGGGGUCUCGGCUGAGCACCGGCACCAGGACGCAGGCGCAGCCGCACUGCCACCACCCCCCGCGGAGCUGGAAUGACUGGCAAAGCAGAACUGACAAUCCAUCAACAGACCAAGAGAAUUUAAAAUACACCACUUCCCGUGAAAGAAGUAGUUCUUCAUCCUAUGGAUUACAAUCUUCAAAUUCAGCUGUGGUGUCUCGACAUAGACACGAUGAGAUCAGAGUCUCCACUGACAUACAGAAUGAAGAAAAAGGUGGCUACAGUGUCAAUGGAGGAUCUGGGGAAAAUACUUAUGGUCGGAAGUCGUUGGGGCAAGAGCUGAGAAUUAACAAUGUGACCAAUUCUGAUUUUACCAGUGCUCAGCAUGGCAAUCGUGCUUUAAUCACAAAAGACAUGAGGAAAACACAGGAGCGAUCAUUGUCUUACUCUGAUGAGUCUCGACUGUCAAAUCUUCUUCGGAGGAUUACUCGGGAAGAUGACAGAGACCGAAGACUGGCGACUGUAAAGCAACUGAAAGAAUUCAUUCAGCAACCAGAGAACAAACUGGUACUGGUUAAGCAACUGGAUAAUAUCCUGACUGCUAUACAUGAUGUGCUUAAUGAAAGUAGCAAAUUGCUUCAGGAACUGAGACAGGAGGGAGCUUGCUGUCUUGGCCUUCUUUGUGCUUCUUUGAGCUAUGAAGCGGAGAAGAUCUUUAAAUGGAUUUUUAACAAAUUUAGUUCAUCCACUAAAGAUGAAGUCAAGCUUCUUUAUUUAUGUGCAACUUACAAAGCAUUGGAGACUGUGGGAGAGAAGAAAGCCUUUUCAUCUGUAAUGCAACUCGUCAUGACAAGCCUGCAGUCUAUUCUAGAGAAUGUGGAUACGCCAGAAUUGCUGUGUAAAUGUGUCAAGUGCAUCCUUCUCGUGUCCCGAUGUUAUCCUCACAUAUUCAGCACAAACUUUAGGGACACAGUUGACAUAUUAGUUGGAUGGCAUAUUGAUCACACUCAGAAGCCUUCUUUGACACAGCAAGUGUCAGGUUGGUUACAGAGCCUGGAACCAUUUUGGGUGGCUGACCUUGCAUUUUCUACCACACUUCUGGGUCAGUUUCUAGAGGAUAUGGAAGCUUAUGCUGAGGACCUUGGCCAUGUGGCAUCUGGAGAAUCGGUCGAUGAAGACAUCCCUCCUCCUUCUGUUUCUCUGCCCAAAUUAGCCGCACUGCUUCGUGUUUUCAGUACUGUGGUGAGGAGCAUCGGGGAGCGAUUCAGUCCCAUUCGAGGACCACCCAUCACUGAAGCCUAUGUAACUGAUGUUCUGUACAGGGUCAUGAGAUGUGUGACAGCGGCGAACCAAGUUUUCUUUUCUGAAGCUGUCUUGACGGCUGCCAAUGAGUGUGUGGGCGUCCUCCUUGGUAGCCUGGAUCCCAGUAUGGCCAUACACUGUGACAUGGUCAUCACCUAUGGAUUAGAACAGCUGGAAAAUUGUCAGAUUUGUGGUACUGAUUAUAUCAUCUCGGUGCUGAACUUAUUGAUGCUGAUUGUUGAACAAAUAAAUACAAAGCUCCCAUCGCAAUUUAUAGAGAAAUUAUUUGUACCUCAGUCUAAGUUACUUGUUCUCCGCUAUCACAAGGAAAAAGAGGUUGUUGCGUCAGCGCAUGGGGUGUAUCAAGCCGUGUUGAGCUUAAAGAACAUCCCUGUUUUGGAAACAGCCUACAAGUUGAUUCUCGGAGAAAUGGCCUGUGCCUUGAACAGUCUUCUUUGCAGCCUGCAACUUCCAGAGGCGUGUUCUGAAAUCUUGCAUGAUGCUUUCAAAAACCACGUAUUUGAAGUGUCUAAUGCAAAAUUUGUGGUUAUAUUUGACCUCAGUGCUCUGACUACUAUUGGAAAUGCAAAAAACUCAUUGAUUGGAAUGUGGGCUCUUUCUCCAACGGUGUUUGCAUUGCUCAGCAAGAACUUGAUGGUUGCACACAAUGAUAUCGCUGUUCACUUUCCUGCCGUCCAGUAUGCAGUGCUCUACACUCUCUAUUCACAUUGCACCAGGCAUGACCACUUCAUCUCAAGCAGCCUUAGCUCCUCGUCUCCUUCCUUGUUUGACGGAGCUGUCAUUAGCACUGUAACAACAGCUACAAAGAAGCAUUUCUCUAUCAUACUAAAUCUCUUGGGACUUUUGCUUAAGAAGGAUAACCUUACACAUGAUACCAGGAAGCUGUUAAUGACCUGGGCUUUGGAAGUGGCUGUACUAAUGAAGAAAUCAGAAACCUAUGCACCAUUGUUCUCCCUCCCAUCCUUUCACAAGUUUUGCAAAGGACUUCUAGCAAACACUCUCCUGGAAGAUGUCAAUAUUUGUCUUCAGGCAUGUAGUAGUUUACAUGCAUUGUCACCUUCUCUUCCAGAUGACUUGUUACAGAGAUGUGUGGAUGUAUGUCGCGUUCAGCUGGUUCACAGUGGUGCUCGCGUAAGGCAAGCUUUUGGAAAACUGUUGAAGUCUAUUCCUUUAGAUGUAGUAUUAAGCAACCACCACCACACAGAAAUACAAGAGAUUUCUUUAGCAAUAAGAAGUCAUAUGAGCAAGGCUCCAAGCAAUACAUUUCACCCACAAGACUUUUCUGAUAUCAUUAGUUUUAUCUUGUAUGGAACCUCUCACAGAACAGGGAAGGAGAGCUGGCUAGAAAGGCUAUUUUACAGUUGUCAAAGACUGGAUAAAAGUGACCAACCAAGUAUUCCACGCAAUUUGUUGAAAACGGAAGCAGUCCUCUGGCAGUGGGCUGUCUGGGAAGCAGCCCAGUUUACUGUCCUUUCAAAGUUAAGGACACCACUAGGCAGAGCUCAGGACACAUUCCAGACGAUUGAAGGCAUCAUCAGAAGUCUUGCAGCCCAUACGCUAAACCCUGAUCAAGAUGUCAGCCAGUGGACUACAGCAGACAAUGAUGAAGGGCAUAGUAGCAACCAGCUGAGAUUGGUUCUGCUUUUGCAGUACUUAGAGAACUUGGAGAAGCUGAUGUACAAUGCGUAUGAAGGGUGUGCUAAUGCACUCACAUCUCCACCCAAGGUUAUCAGGACAUUUUUUUAUACCAAUCGGCAAACGUGCCAAGAUUGGCUCACUCGAAUUCGACUCUCUAUCAUGCGUGUGGGGCUAUUGGCUGGGCAGCCAGCGGUGACCAUCAGGCAUGGCUUUGAUUUGCUAACCGAAAUGAAGAGCAACAGUAUCUCUCAGGGAAAUGAAUUAGAAGUGACAAUCAUGAUGGUUGUAGAAGCACUAUGUGAGCUUCACUGUCCAGAAGCAAUUCAAGGAAUCGCUGUCUGGUCCUCUGCUGUUGUUGGGAGGAGUCUCACCUGGAUUAAUUCUGUAGCCCAGCAAGCCGAAGGACGGUUUGAAAAAGCAGCUGCUGAGUACCAGGAGCAUCUUUGUGCCAUGACAGGAGUGGAUUGCUACAUAACAGGAUUUGAUAAAUCUGUCCUGAAAUUGGCUAAUUCAAACAGUGGAAACAACGCAAGCCCAAAGCACUCUCUAAAUGGGGAUUCUCGAAAAACAGUACUGGCUAAGCCAAAUGAUUCAUCACCUGAAGUCAUCAACUAUUUGGGUAAUAAAGCCUGUGAGUGCUACAUUUCCAUUGCUGACUGGUCUGCUGUGCAAGUAUGGCAGAAUGCAGUCCAUGACCUGAAAAAAAACAGCAGUACAGCUUCCGUCAGUUUAAAAGCAGACUUCAACUAUAUCAAGUCUUUAAGCAGUUUUGGAUCAAGAGAGCUUGCAGAAUGCACAGAACAACUAGAAUUGCUUCCAGGGGAAGAUAUCAACCUACUUAUUGGAGGAGCCAAAGAAAAAAUAGAUAUGAAGAAGCUUCUUCCUAACAUGCUGUCCCCUGAUCCAAGAGAACUUCAGAAAGCAAUUGAGGUUCAGCUCCUGCGAAGCUCAGUAUGUUUGGCAACGGCGAUUAAUCACAUUGAGCAGGAGCAAAAGUGGCAACCUAUUACUGAGAACCUUAUAAAAUAUUUGAAACAGACUUCGCGGAUUGCCAUUGGACCUCUAAGACUUGCCACUCUGACAGUGUCUCAGUCUUUGCCAGUGUUGAGUGCACUCCAGCUAUAUUGUUCAUCUGCCUUGGAAAAUACAGUGUCAAAUAGGCUUUCUUCAGAGGAUUGUCUCAUUCCUCUCUUCAGUGAAGCAUUGCGUUCAUGCAAGCAGCAAGAUGUGAGGCCAUGGAUGCACGCCUUGAGAUAUACCAUGUACCAGAACCAAUUGCUUGAGAAACUUAAAGAGCAAAGUAUUCCACUUCGAAGCCAUUUAAUGGAACUGGGGCUUACUGCUGCAAAAUUUGCAAGGAAACGUGGGAAUGUUGCCCUGGCUACACGAUUGCUUGCUCAGUGCAGUGAAAUUCAACUUGGAAAAACCACAACAGCCCAAGAUUUAGUCCACCAUUUUAAGAAACUGUCAGCACCCAUUCAGAUGGAUGAAAAAUGGGGCCCUGAACUAGAAAUUGAGAAAACAAAGUUGUUAUACACAGCAGGUCAGUCAACUCAUGCAAUGGAAAUGCUGAGUUCAUGUGCCAUAUGCUUCUGUAAAUCUGCCAAAGCGGAGUAUGCUGUUGCCAAGUCUAUCCUUACGCUCGCCAAAUGGAUCCAAGCUGAUUGGAAGGAGAUUUCAGGACAGCUGAAGCAAGUGUACAGAGCGCGGCAGCAACAAAAUCUCGCUGGCCUUUCUACAUUGUCUAAAAACAUCUAUAGUUUGAUUGACUUACCAUCUGUUAAUACCAUAGAAGAAGACUAUCCCAGAAUUGAAAGUGAAUCCACAGUCAAUAUUGGUGUUGGAGAACCUGACUUCAUUUUGGGGCAGCUCUACCGCCUGUCUUCUGCUCAAGCACCAGAAGUCGCUAAAUCGUGGGCUGCACUUGCCAGCUGGGCUUACCGAUGGGGCCGAAAGGUGGUUGAUAAUGCCAGUCAAGGAGGUGUUCGCUUGCUGCCAAGAGAGAAAGCCGAAGUUCAAAGCCUGCUUCCAGAAAAUAUUACAGAAGAAGACAGAGAGAAAAUCUAUGGAAUUCUUGGACAAGCAGUGUGUCGACCCGCUGGGAUUCAGGAUGAAGAUAUAACCCUUCAAAUUGCAGAGAAUGAAGAUAAUGAGGAAGAUGAUAUGGUUGAUGUCAUCUGGCAUCAGUUGUUGACAAGCUGCCCCUGGCUUUCAGACCUUGAUGAAAAUUCAACUGAGGGCCUGAUCAAAGUGUGGAGAAAAGUUGUAGACAGAAUCUUCAGUCUUUAUAAACUCUCGUGUAGCGCCUAUUUUACUUUCCUGAAGUUGAAUGCUGGUCAGGUUCCUCUGGAUGAAGACGAUCCCAGGCUGCAUCUAAGAAACAUUUCAGAACAGAGCACUGACGAUGUCAUUGUGAUGGCAACAUUGAGAUUAUUGAGGCUGCUUGUGAAACAUGCCGGAGAGCUUAGGCAGUAUUUAGAACAUGGGUUAGAAACCACACCUACGGCCCCAUGGCGAGGUAUCAUUCCUCAACUCUUCUCGCGACUGAAUCACCCCGAAGUAUAUGUCCGCCAGAGUAUUUGCAACCUUCUCUGUCGGGUAGCUCAAGAUUCUCCUCAUCUAAUAUUGUACCCUGCAAUUGUUGGUACUAUUUCACUUAGCAGUGAAUCUCAAGCUUCAGGGAGCAAGUUUCCCUCUGCGAUCCCUACCUUUUUGGGUAACAUUCAAGGUGAAGAAUUGCUGGGUAGUGAAUGUGAUGGAGGAAGCCCACCAGCUUCUCAAGAGAGCAUAAAGGAUGAAACCAAAAUGGGCUUGAAUGAGGACCAAGCGAUGAUGCAGGACUGCUACAGCAAAAUUGUAGAGAAGUUAUCCACUGCAAAUCCAACCAUGGUUUUACAGGUUCAGAUGCUCGUGGCAGAAUUGCGCAGAGUAACUGUCCUUUGGGAUGAACUUUGGCUGGGGGUCCUUUUGCAACAGCAUAUGUAUGUCCUUAGGCGGAUCCAGCAGCUAGAAGAUGAAGUAAAGAGAGUCCAGAACAACAACACUCUACGCAAAGAAGAAAAAAUAGCUAUCAUGCGUGAAAAGCAUACCGCCCUGAUGAAACCCAUAGUUUUUGCUUUGGAACAUGUGAGGAGUAUUACUGCCGCUCCUGCUGAAACGCCGCACGAGAAGUGGUUCCAGGACAACUAUGGUGAUUCCAUUGAAAAUGCCCUGGAGAAACUGAAGAACCCAUCCAACCCUGCAAAGCCAGGAAGCAGCUGGAUCCCUUUUAAAGAGGUGAUGCUCAAUCUUCAGCAGAGAGCCCAGAAGCGGGCCAGUUAUAUAUUGCGCCUUGAAGAAAUCAGUCCCUGGCUGGCUGCCAUGACCAACACAGAAAUUGCUCUCCCCGGAGAAGUCUCUGCCAGAGACACCGUCACUAUUCAUAGCGUGGGGAGCACAAUUACCAUCCUUCCUACAAAAACAAAGCCCAAAAAGCUACUUUUUCUGGGUUCAGAUGGGAAAAACUACCCAUACCUGUUCAAAGGACUGGAAGACCUGCAUCUUGACGAGCGGAUCAUGCAGUUUUUAUCAAUUGUUAAUACAAUGUUUGCUACCAUAAAUCGUCAAGAGACACCUCGAUUUCAUGCCAGGCAUUAUUCUGUCACGCCACUGGGAACAAGAUCAGGCCUCAUUCAGUGGGUGGAUGGAGCCACACCUUUAUUUGGACUUUAUAAAAGGUGGCAGCAGAGAGAAGCUGCUUUACAGGCCCAAAAGGCUCAAGAUUCCUAUCAGACUCCUCAAAAUCCUGGAAUUGUACCUAGACCCAGUGAAUUGUACUACAGUAAAAUUGGACCCGCUUUGAAGGCUGUUGGGCUUAGUUUGGAUGUGUCUCGCCGAGAUUGGCCUCUCAAUGUCAUGAAGUCUGUUUUGGAAGAACUGAUGGAAACAACACCACCCAAUCUCCUUGCAAAAGAACUGUGGUCAUCAUGUACUACACCUGAUGAGUGGUGGAGAGUGACACAGUCUUAUGCAAGAUCUACGGCAGUUAUGUCUAUGGUUGGCUACAUCAUCGGUCUUGGAGACAGACAUCUGGAUAAUGUUCUGAUAGAUAUGACUACCGGAGAAGUUGUUCACAUCGAUUAUAAUGUUUGCUUUGAAAAAGGAAAGAGCCUUCGGGUGCCAGAGAAAGUCCCUUUCCGAAUGACACAAAACAUUGAAACAGCAUUUGGAGUAACUGGAGUAGAAGGAGUUUUCAGACUUUCUUGUGAGCAGGUUCUGCACAUUAUGAGACGUGGGCGAGAAACCUUGCUGACAUUGCUUGAAGCUUUUGUUUAUGACCCGCUUGUGGACUGGACCGCAGGGGGAGAAGCAGGGUUUGCUGGUGCCGUGUAUGGCGGAGGAGGGCAGCAAGCGGAAAGCAAGCAAAGCAAGAGAGAAAUGGAGAGAGACAUCACACGCAGCCUUUUCUCUUCCAGAGUGGCCGAAAUAAAGGUCAACUGGUUUAAGAAUAGAGAUGAAAUGCUAGCUGUCCUUCCUAAACUGGAUGGCAGUUUAGAGGAGUAUUUAAAUGUGCAAGAGGAGGUGACCGAUGUUGAGAAAUUGCACGGCAAAUUAUUAGAAGAAAGCGACUACCUGGAGGGAGCGGAAGGGGUAGAUCAUCCAUCUCACACCUUGCAGCACAGGUAUUCUGAGCACACACAGCUGCAGACUCAGCAAAGAGCCAUACAGGAAGCAAUCCAGGUGAAACUGAAUGAAUUCGAGCAGUGGCUAUCUCAUUACCAAGCUGCUUUCACUAACUUGGAAGCUACUCAGCUUGCAAGUCUCCUACAGGAGAUUAGCACUCAAAUGGAUCUAGGCCCUCCAAGUUACGUCCCGGCAACCGCAUUCCUCCAGAACGCUGGCCAGGCUCACUUAAUCAGCCAGUGUGAGCAGCUUGAGGGAGAGGUUGGGGCUUUGCUUCAGCAGAGGCGCUCAGUGCUGCGUGGAUGCCUCGAACAGCUGCACAACUAUGCCACUGUUGCUCUUCAGUACCCCAAAACAGUGUUCCAGAAACACCGUGUUGAGCAGUGGAAGACCUGGAUGGAAGAACUUAUUGUUAACAUGACCAUCGAACACUGCCAGGAUGUCUACCGGAAGUAUGAAAUCCAAUAUGCUCCCCAACCGCCUCCAGCUGUGUGCCAGUUCAUCACCACUACAGAAAUGACCUUGCAACGAUACGCAGCUGAUAUCAACAGCAGGCUUAUCCGACAAGUGGAACGGUUGAAGCAAGAAGCAGUCACUGUUCCAGUGUGUGAGGAGCAAUUAAAAGAAAUUGAGCGUUGUAUUAAGGUCUUCCUACAUGAGAAUGGAGAAGAGGGUUCGCUGAGCUUAGCAAGUGUUAUCAUUUCUGCUCUCUGUACACUUACCAGGCGCAAUCUAAUGAUGGAAGGCGCUGCAUCUAGCGCUGGAGAGCAACUGGUCGACCUGACCUCAAGAGAUGGAGCCUGGUUCUUGGAGGAGUUGUGUAGUAUGAGCGGGAAUGUGACCUGCCUGGUGCAGUUGCUAAAACAGUGUCACCUAGUUCCACAGGAUUUAGAUAUUCCUAACCCAUCUGAAGCAUCAGAAGCCAUCCAUUUAGCAAAUGGAGUUUACAUAUCACUUCAGGAACUGAAUUCAAAUUUCCGUCAAAUCAUUUUCCCAGAGGCUCUCAGAUGUUUAAUGAAAGGGGAAUACACCUUGGAAAGCAUGCUUAAUGAACUCGAUAAUCUCAUUGAACAAAUUACUGAUGUCCCUUUGCAAAGUCUGGUUGAGUCUCUUCAAGCUUACUUAAGAAAUGCAGCCAUGGGACUCGAAGAAGAUGUGCACACUCAUUAUAUUGAUGUUGCAAGGUUGCUUCAUGCCCAGUAUGGUGAAUUGAUUCAACCAAGAAAUGGCUCAGUUGACGAAACACCCAAAAUGACAGCAGGCCAAAUGCUAUUAGUAGCAUUUGAUGGAAUGUUUGCUCAAGUGGAAACAGCAUUUGGAUUAUUAGUUGAAAAGCUUAACAAGAUGGAGAUCCCCGUGGCAUGGCGCAAGGUGGACAUCAUCCGAGAAGCCCGCAGCACCCAAGUUAACUUUUUUGACGAUGAUAACAAUCGACAAGUUCUAGAAGAGAUCUUCUUUUUGAAAAGGCUGCAAACGAUAAAAGAAUUUUUUAGACUCUGUGGUACUUUUUCUAAAACGCUUUCAGGUAUAAGCUCAAUUGAAGAUCAAAACACCGUGAAUGGACCAGUGCAGAUGGUCAACGUGAAAACUUUGUACCGGAACUGUUGCUUUAAUGAAGAUCAAAUGGCCAAACCUAUUAAAGCAUUCACAGCUGACUUUGUCCGGCAGCUUUUAAUUGGCCUCCCAAACCAAGCUUUGGGGCUGACACUGUGCAGUUUCAUUAGCGCCCUUGGUGUGGAUAUAAUAGCUCAAGUAGAGGCCAAGGAUUUUGGGGCUGAAAGCAAGGUCUCGGUGGACGACUUGUGUAAGAAAGCGGUCGAGCACAACAUCCAAAUUGGCAAAUACUCACAAUUGGUUAUGAACAGAGCAACGGUGUUGGCCAGUUCAUAUGAUACUGCAUGGAAGAAGCAUGACUUGGUGCGGAGACUUGAAACCAGCAUUUCCUCUUGUAAGACGAGCCUACAGAGAGUGCAACUGCAUAUUGCUAUGUUCCAGUGGCAGCACGAAGAUCUCCUCGUCAGUCGUCCACAAGCCAUGACAGUCACUCCUCCUCCUCGGUCUGCCAUUUUAGCCAGUAUGAAAAAGAAACUUCACACACUUAGCCAGAUUGAAGCUUCCAUUGCAGCAGUUCAGGAAAAGCUGGCAGCCCUUGAGGCCAGUAUUGAGCAGCGCCUGAAAUGGGCCGGAGGGGCGAAUCCAGCCUUAGCGCCGGUUCUCCAAGAUUUUGAUGCCACAAUUGCUGAAAGACGAAAUCUUGUUCUCAAAGAAACACAAAGGGCCAAUCAGGUUACUUUCCUUUGUAGCAACAUCAUUCAUUUUGAAAGUUUGCGUACCAGAACAGCAGAAGCCUUAAACCUUGAUGCUGCCUUGUUUGAACUUGUCAAACGUUGCCAACAAAUGUGUUCAUUUGCAUCGCAGUUUAACAGCACAGUGUCUGAGCUGGAACUUCGUUUAAUUCACAGAGUGGGCACCAAUGCUGAGCAUCCCAUUGGUAGUUCAGAGUGGCUCAUCUCUGCUCACAAGCAGCUGUCCCAGGACACAUCGACUCAGAGGACUGUGCAAACAGAAAAGGAGCAGCAGAUCGAAACUGUGUGUGAAACCAUUCAGAACCUGGUUGAUAAUAUCAAAAGUGUGCUAACCGGGCACAACAGGCAACUGGGAGAUGUCAAGCAUCUGCUGAAAGCUAUGGCAAAGGAUGAAGAAGCGGCUCUGGCUGAUGGCGAAGAUGUUCCCUAUGAGAAUAGUGUCAGACAGUUCUUGGGAGAAUAUAAGUUGUGGCAAGAUAAUAUUCAAACAGUUUUGUUUACAUUAGUUCAGGCGAUGGGUCAGGUCCGCAGUCAGGAGCAUAUUGAAAUGCUGCAAGAAAUUACUCCAACUCUGAAAGAACUGAGAACCCAGAGUCAAAGUGUCUACAACAACCUAGUAAGCUUUGCAUCGCCCUUAAUCACGGAUACACCCAAUGAAUGCUCAAGCCCAACGUCUGUUGCGACAUGUCAGCCAACAUUUGCUGCAGCGGUCCGUAGUAAUACAGGGCAGAAAACUCAGCCAGAGGUCAUGUCACAGAAUACAAGGAAGGUAAUUCAGAAGAACCUUGUUCCAUCAGCAGAUACUCCUCCGGGUACAAUUGCAGGGACUGGGAAAAGCGUUGUGUCUAGCCCUAAAAAGGCCAUCAGAGAUCCUAAAACAGGGAAAGCUGUGCAAGAGCGGAAUUCAUAUGCAGUAAGUGUGUGGAAGCGUGUCAAAGCCAAGCUAGAGGGCCGGGACUUGGAUCCCAACCGGAGAAUGUCUGUGGCUGAACAGGUCGACUAUGUGAUUAAGGAGGCGACUAAUCUAGAUAACUUGGCUCAGCUCUAUGAAGGUUGGACAGCCUGGGUAUGAACAGGGAGAUGACGACAACAGGUCCGCCUGGUUCCGCAAAGUCAGACCUCCAGCAGAAUCCACUCGGCCUCAGGCGUCUAUCCAUGGCGGCAGCACCACGGUCAGUGGUGGUGCCUUUCGGGGGCUCAACGUGAGGCCACCCAGGCCCUCUCGGGGCCCUGGGGGAGGGAGUCCUGCAGAGUGGCUGCACUCAGGGAUACGCUGAACACAAUGGCCUGGAGGGACCCCGCAGGGCCAAGGGGGGAAGCCCACCGCAGCCUGAACCGCCGCAGCACAGCAGGGCUGUCUUUCUGCUGCAGAAGAACUGCCAACGUGUCGGGGGGUAAGAGCCGCAGAAAGGGAAAUGGGGGGCACUCCAAAGGCCACAGAGCCACUUGGAACCCCAUUCCGCCUGACCAUGUGAACAAUCCGGGGCAAAACCGAACACACACCAAAAGGGGGGCCGCAGAGGAAGAUUUGCGAGAUCGCGUUUCUUGAGUCACUCUGGCUGCUUGGCAUCGGCACUGGUUGAGUCAACCAGUUAGUGCAAAAGUUUAAACAAAAUAAAAAAAUAAAAUUGGGGGGAAAUGCUACAUAAGAUGAACUUCAGAUAUGGACUGAAACGGAAAGAGCUCGAUGUCAGCUGCAUUGAAAGAACUUUCUGAGAAGAGAGAGCUUUUGUCUUUUUUUUUUUUUUAGGAAAAAGUUCUUUCCCACUUCUGGUUUAUUCUUGUAACUUAGGUAUAUUUCCAGUAUAUUUUAAUUUCAGUCCUUGUGUUUCACUGGUUGAGUCAAAUAAAUUUUUUUGCUAAAUCAUAAUUUCAAAAGCACAGGGAAUGCUGAACAUUUAAGCAGUUACCUUUGAGUUGUGAUCAAAUGCAAAUUGACUUUUCUGUUUGUUUUCAGGUGAUUUGUGUGUGUGAUUCUAUCAUGUACAGUUCCCCCAGAUUCACUGUGCAUUUCAAAGUAAUGAAUCUUCCACAGGCAUUUUAUUUAAAUGUGCACCUCCCUCUGCUUGCAUUGUAUCUGCAUUUUCGUAAUUCCAACUUUUCCCCUCGAAAAGUUCAUUCUAUUGUGAUUUGCUGUAGUUUCUUUUGUAAACAUAGCUACUCCAAUGUAACCAUUAUCUUUUACCAAAAAACAAGCCCCAUGAUUACAUUAUCUUAAGUGCAUUGUUGAUGACAGAAAAAUCAAUAAAGUGACGUUCUAGUGAAGGUAGUUUUAUGCUGUUUGAUUCACUUCAAAUUUUGAUUUACACUUGGAAAUAUAUAGUAUUUUAGUUCGGGCUGGGGAUUGAAAAACAAAACUGCAAACUAAAACAAGACUCUUUGUUUUGUUCAAGUGAAAUUUGUACAAAGAUUUGUAUGAAGUUGCUUUUCCUUAUGACUUCCAAUAGGUCGUGUUGGUAAUGCAUUCAUUGUGAAUUUCUCAAGACCUUUUAACUAAAUCGACCUUGCACUUUUGAAUGGUGGAUGCGAAAGAAGUUGCUAUUAAAAUGGCACUUUAAACCAGUCGGUUUCCAUAUGUAUUCAAUGUUUUACUUCCUGUUCAUAAAAAUGUCCAGUAACUUUAAUGAGCCUGUCUCGGAUUUGCCAUUGGAAAGAACGGGCUGCUUCCUGGCUCCAGCAAAAGGCAGCCAUAACUUUGUGGUGUCAUUUAAGGUAGAGGUAUCUUCCUUUUGCAUCUAAAAUUUGAGGUUGAAAUGGUGGGGUUAGGGGCCUCCCCUGCAUACAGUUGUUAUCUUGUGCAUUUCCUUUAUAAGCCAUUAAGGAGGACAAAUCAGGAUUUGCAAUAUGAUCUGGAGUGAACGCUUAAACCUCUUUUCAGACAGAGGCAUUCACUUUUCAGUCUGUUUAUCUAAAAGGGAACUUAGAAGCCUUUGCUUAGAAGAGUGCCGCCAUAUAUAUGUUGAGGCCAAGUAGAAGGGGCAGAAACUAGUUACUUCCAUCCUCUCAAAUGGGAUUGGGGUGAGGUGGAGUCUUCUGGCUUCCUCUGAACAUCUCAUAAAGGAAUGGCUUCAUGCUGUUCUCCAUCUUCCACACAGGCUCCUGUUGUCCUUGGUUUUAUUGGGCCUAAAUGAGUCCUGUGUGCUGCCUGUGUAUUUUGUUUUACCUUUGAGUCAAUGCAUUCCAGCCCAACAUCUUCAUGGAAUUGGUGAGUGCGUUUUGGUUUUCCCUUCUGUAUGAAACCUCCUCGGUCUGUAUCCAAAUGCAAUCGGGACGAGAUUAUGCCUCUUGUUUCCUGGAAGUGUGGACAGGGCAGUGCUACUCCCUUGCUUCGUGUGUUGUUGUUCUUUUAGCCAGAAAUGAACAGUGUAUGGAGAUGGAAUCUUUACUGCAUUGUGUAAUAAAGUUCAGAAAUCUA